AUGGUGUUCUAUUUCGAAAGUCGUUGCGGCGAAUACACCAUUUACAUGGGAAAGGACAAAUAUGAGAACGAAGAUCUUAUCAAAUACGGACUGCCAGAAGAUCUAAACUUGCGCAUGAAGCCAGGCAUGUCCUUGGACGAUAUUUCCGAUGAUUUGCUACUGGAUUGUUCCGCCAUGGUCAAGGCCAAUAGUAUUCAAGGCUGCAAGAAAUCGUCGGUCUACGUCGUUUACACGCGAUGGAAGAAUCUGAAAAAGACUUCCGGUAUGGUCGACGGGCAAGUUGGAUUCCAUCGACCUGAGAAUGUGCGCCGAGUCUCCGUCGAAAAGAAUGGCCCCAUCGUUCGAGCAAUCGAAAAAUCUCGCAAAGAAUUGCACCCAGAUCUGUUCCAAGAGCAGCAGGAUCGGUUGAAGGAAAUAAGACGAGAAAACAAGGAGGAUUUCAAAAAGGAGGCCAAGGCCAAGCAGCACAUGAAGAUCGAGGCACAGCGGGAAAAGGAGGCAAGAUCAUACGACCGCAUUAUGAAGGAAGAAAAUAUGACGAAAAACACGGAAAUUAAAGCAUCUGCAGAUGCCACUGCAGCCGAAGAAUACGAAGACGAUUUUUUCUAAUCCGUUUUAUCUCCCGAUCUGAACUCUUAAGAACACUGGCUGUGACAUAGAGCUCAGCUGUAAUUUUUGUCAUGGCAAUGUAGGAGAGGAAACAUGGUGCUGUUUGGCAUCUGCAAAGACACGCUGUGGCUUGGUAAUGUACUUCUUUGUACGUGAUUUCAGUUGACAAUUGGGAGGGAGCCUUCACAAUCAAAUGAGAUACCUUUUGUCUUAUCAUUUCGGGAAAAUAGACCUUUUAAAGCUGAUAGGGAGUAUUCACAGUCAAUGGGGGCUUCGCCCCGAAUCAUACUUAACAGAUGAGACGUAAUUGAUUAACUGUAAGUGUGAAAAGAAAAUUCGCCAACAGUGAAGGGACGGCAAAGUGGAAAACUCAAUCUUACAAUUAGUAGAUUCAUUUGGCGCCAGU